AUGUAUUUACAUAGCGUUAUAUACUCAUUACACAAAAUAUUAAUAAACAAACAAGUGAAUAAAAAAAAAACAUCGACUUUAUAUUUUUUAGGAUUCAAAAGUAUCAGCACUAAUGAUGUUGAGAGGAGUAGUGUUAAUAAGUCGAAAAAAUGUGAUAAAGAAUUCUAUAAAUUAAAAGAAAAGGGAAUCGGAAAAAAUGGAAAUGAUAUAGAUAUAGAAGAAUUAAAUUAUAUGAUAAGAAAAGAAAGAGAGAAAAGAAAAAAAAAUAAUAAUAAUAAAAUGAUAAAAAAAAAUGAUGAUUCUUAUGAGGAAGAAGAAGGUUUUAAAUAUCAUGCCUGUGAUGAUAAUGAAGAAGGUUUUAAAUAUGAUUCUUAUGAUAAUAAUAUGAAGGCUUCAAUAUAUAUAAACAAAAAAGAGAAUAUAUGGAAUACGUUUAAUUUAAAUAAUAAAGGUUAUAUAAAAAAUGUUAAUAGAAAAAUUAAUGAUACGCAUAUGAUAGAUGAAUGUAUAAAUUAUUGUAAUAAAUGGCAUAUCCAAAAAAUUUCUUAUAAAAAUAUAAAAAAUAAUAGUGUAAAUAUAAUACAUAUGUUGGAAACAACACCAUUAGAAAGGAGAAAUAUAUGUGACAAACAAAUAAAUAAUAUGUGUGACAAAAAAAUAAAUAGUUACCAUUAUGAUGAUGUAAAAACUAGUGGUCAGCAUCAAAACAAUAUAAAUACAUUCACACAUGACAUAUAUCAUAUAAACAAUUAUUAUGAUCUUUUUGAAAAUGCAGAUUCUAUGGAUAUGUUGAAAAAACAAAAUAGUUAUAAUAAAUUAUUUGAUAAAGAAGAUCCACGACUUGAAUGGAAUAUACAUAAUGAUAUUUAUUUCUCAAAUAAUGACAUAAAAUAUUUUAACGAUUAUAAUGAUCAUAAUUAUUGGAAUUAUAUAAAUACAUUAGAUUUAAAUAAAAAUGUAUAUUUAAAGGAUAUAGAAAGAAAUAAACCUAUCAAAUUUUUAAAUAAAUCUCAAAUUUUAAAUUUACUAUAUGAACAUAUACACAAGGUAAUACACACAAAUGAUGUUAAUAGAUACUAUGUAGAUAAUAUUAAAAAUAAUAUUUAUGAUCAAAUUCAUUUUGAUAAUUCUUUGAAUUGUGUAAAAAAUCAAAAGGAUGUUCUUAAUUUAUACUUUCAUGAUUACAAUAUAAAUGAAAUAGAAAGAAGAGAAGAAGAAAAAAAAAAUAAGAAUUCAGUUAAUUAUUUUGAUGAAGAUAUAUUAUUAAAACAUAUUAUAAAUUUAAAAUAUAAUAAAAAUAAAGAUAUAAGAACAUCUGAGAAUUAUAAUAAUAAUAAUAAUAAAGAUGAGAAUGUAAAUUUUUUUUAUAAUAUAUUAAAUAGAAUAGAAUUUAUCAGUGUAUCUUUUAAUCUAAAAGAAAGUAUAUUCAUUUUAUGUUUUUUUUAUUUUUAUAAUUUAUUACCAUUUGAAUUAUUAAAUAAAUUUAUAGAAAAUAUCUUAUUACAGAUACAUGAUUUAAAUAUUCAACAAACAUUAAUAUUAUUAAAAAUAUAUGGUUCUUUUAAAAGAAAUUAUGAAGAUGUACUUCAUCUAUUGUUAAUAUAUUAUUAUAAUAUAAAAAAAAAAAAACAAAUAUCUAAAUGUAAUAAAAAAGAAAAAACAAAAAUUACAACAACUGCUACUACUACUAAUAAUAAUAAUAAUAUUAAUACUACAAAUAAUCAUAAUAAUAAUCAUAAUAAUAAUCAUAACAGUUCUAUUACAUAUUACAACCAAUGUGAUAAUAUAUAUACACAAGAUAUAUCUUUGAAGCAUAACGAUUUUAAUAUAAUCUAUGAUGUUCUAUUCCUAAAUAUAUGUCUUCAAAAUAAUAUUAUUAUUAAUAAUUCUUUAAUGUUAUUUUUUACAAAUGAUCAUAUAAAUUUUUAUAAAAAAAAAAUAGAUUUCUCACUUAUCUCCUUUCAAUCUUUUUGUUAUUUGACUGACGGAGGAGAUGAAAACUUAUUUUUUAAAGUAUUAGAAAGUUUUCCAUGUUUAUUAAACAACUAUACUACUCUUCAAACAUCAGAACAGAUGAGAAACAUUUUAAAGAAUUCACAACAAAUAAUAUCCCCUUUAAGGUUCAAUAUAGAUCAGUUAAAUAAACUUAUUAGUGCUUUCAUUUUUUUAGAUAGAGAGAAGUGGAAUAGACACUUAUUUGUAUUUUUAACUAGAUAUAAUAAUGUGGAUAUACAAAAAAUAAACGACAAUAAAUUGUGUGAUAAUAUAAACACAUCUAAUACUACGAACAAGUGCCAUUCUUAUCAUCACAAAGUAGAAACAUUCAAAAAGGAAGAGAAAAGAAACGGUAAUUACUUAUUAAAAAAGAAAGCUUUGAAGAAUAAACAUAUAAUAAAUGCAAACAUUAAAGUAUUAAAUUUCCUUUUCUUUUUUAAUAUUAUAAAAGAUAUUAAUCGAUAUUUUGUUUUAUCGUUUUAUAAUCAAUAUAAUUUAUAUGAGUUAAUAAAGGAUGAAAAAAUUCCAGAAUAUAAAUUAAAUAAUUACAAAGAAGAAGGGGAAGAUAUCACAUUACCAUGUUUAGUUUAUAUAAACAAUGAAAGUGUAAAUACAAAUGAGGAUAUAAAUUUAUUUUAUAAAAAUGAUUUAUAUAAUUAUAUAAAGGAUAUAUCAUAUGAUGUGAAAAAGGAUAAACAAUAUUAUGAAUCAUAUUAUAAUCCAGAUAAUAAAGAUUAUAUAAUUAAUUUUAAAAAAGAAGAUAUAAAGAAUUUAUUUAUUCAUAAUGAUAACAAAUUAAAUACUUUCUUAUAUAAUUAUAAAAAAAUAAAAAUACAAAAUAUUCCUUUGAAAUUCUUUAUAAAUAUUAUUUAUUUUAUAAAUAAAUAUGGACAGAUCAUUAUAAAUUUUAAAAAUAUAACAAGUAUACAACAAAAUAAUAAUUUAAAUGAAUAUAUCUUAUCUAUCUUAUCUUUUUGUUAUUUAAAAAUUUAUCUUAUUUUAAAUUCUUAUAAAAAUAAUUCAAUAGAAAAGAAAUAUAUUUUUUCAUAUCUUCAUAAAAUUUUUAACAACACAGACUAUAUAAACCAUCAUAACUUAAAUAAUAAUUCAAAUUUGUUAUAUAAAUUAAAUAUAAAUAUGUCUAGGAAAUAUAAACAAUAUUUUAAUUUAGUAAAUUAUUUUAUAUUAAACCAAACAAAUAAUAAAAUAUAUUCAUCAAACAGGAAUAAUAAAAUAUAUUCAUCAUAUAAUCAGAAUGUUAUAAAUCCAUAUAUUCAAAACAUAUAUAUUGAUAAUAAUAAAUAUUAUAAAUUAACUGAAUCAAUAUUUAAAACACAAUUAUCAAUUUAUUAUAAUUUUUUUGAUUAUAUAAAAGAAUCAUUCGACAUAUUAUUAUUUCUAAAAAAUACAAAAAAUAUUUUCUUUUCUAUUUCUUUAUAUCUAUAUAAUAUAGGCAAACAAUUCAUGUUAAAACAUCCUUAUGACAUGUCGUUAAUAAAUUAUUUGUCUAUAUUAUAUAAUAUUAAUGAUAAUAAUAUAAAUAAUAUAAAUAAUAAUAAUAAUAAUAUAUAUAUUCCUUUUUAUAUAUACAAAUUAAUUGUCAACUUAUUAAAAAAUAUUAUCUCCUUUUUUUAUCUACACAAAGAUAAUAUUAUUCAACACAUAGUAAAUGAUGACGAUCUCAUAGAUUUUCUUAAUACACUUUCUUAUUUCAAUAUAUCUUUAUAUUAUUAUAAAUACUUAUCAAAUAUAAUACAUACAAAUGAAAACACACAAAACAAAACAGUUAAUAAAGAAAAUAUAAAUAAUAUAUUUACAAAUAUUUUAUCAUCAAAUGAAGAAAAUACAACAUGUCCAUACUAUCAACAAUAUCAUGAUCAUAUUUUUUCUUAUUUUUUUAAACAUCUUAUUCAAACAAAAAAACAAUGGAUACAUAAUUUAAAUGAGCACAAUAAAUUAAUACUCUUAAAAAUAUUAACCAAAUUAUUUGUUUUAAAUAAAUAUAAAAAUGUCCUACAUAUGGAAUACAUCACUAUAUUAUUAAAUGAUAUUAUAUAUUAUGUUAUAGAUCAUCAUAAUUAUAUAAGUCAACAAAAUUAUAUUUUUAUAAUAUAUUCUUAUAUAAACCUAAAAAAUAAUUAUCAUAUUAUAAAACAAGACAAAAUAUUUAAUCAUAUGGCCUAUCAGCAGUUAAUACAAUAUAUUAACCAAACAAAUAAAAUGUUAUAA